GUCGGCGAUUACCCCGGACCUGCAGCAAGCGGUCGACAAAGCGAUUUCGCGGAACAAUGCUACAGAUAGCCCUGACGCAUGCACCCCACUACAGAAGCUGCUUCUGAAGGACAUUCUGAAGGGAGAACUGCACUCUUUGUGGCGGUUGGAUCCUUCAAGAAAUCCAGAGGCAGAGCGCGACUAUGCGGAGUGCUUGGAUUGGUACUAUACCAGUGAUCCGCGCAUCCGCUUUUCGCACGAUGAGGUGAGCGAUGUCUUCCUUCAUGGAGCACAUCGGGGGCAGCCUGUCGAAGCCACGGUGCAGCAACUGCUCUGCAGGGAAGCCAGCAGCUAUGAAAUACCCGCCUUGGUUGCGAUGGAAUGGAGUGGCAAGCUCUACAUCAUCUGCGGAAACCGAAGGUUCAAGGCUUUCAAGCAAUGUUACGAAAGAACAGGAUGGGAUGCUAUGUUCAAAAUGAUAGUGCACACAGGGCCAUCCUCACACCCUUGCCGGACUAUCCCGGAUCAGACGCUGCGGAUGCUUUUCUUUUUAAAGGCGCUUCAGGCUAUGAACACAACCUGCGAAGGCAGGAACGCUAGGUUCCGCCUUUGA